AUGGAGUCCAAUAAGUGGAAAAAAAUAUUUUUCUUCUUUUUUGUUCAGUGUAUUUUUUCCGUAAUGUUUUUUGUAUUAUUUGGAAGUAAGGGAAACUCUACAGAAAAGAUUCAUCAGAGGUCAGAGUUGACCUUUAGACCAGAAUCCUCUCAACUCACCAUACUGCUCUGGACGUGGCCUUUUCACUAUCACUUUCCCCUGAACGACUGCCCACCUGACUUGGAUUCCUCGGGUUGCUUCUUCACAGUUAACCGCAGUUUGUAUCCAUCAGCAAAUGCUGUCAUUAUCCACCACCGGGAAGUAUAUAAAAAUAAGAGUAUUUUACCUCAAAUCCCAAGACCGACUAAUCAGUACUGGAUUUGGUUCAGCAAGGAGUCAAGAUCGCAUAGUCCUAAUCUGCGCAUUAUGGAUAAUCUUAUAAAUCUCACCAUGUCGUUCAGGGCUGACUCAGAUAUCUUUACUCCUUAUGGCUGGCUGGAAAGGAAUGAUGGAAGUCAGAAUUUUACUAUCCCUGUGAAAUCAAAGCUUGUCGCCUGGGCAAUCAGUAACUGGAAUAAAAAUUCCAAGAGAUAUAAAUAUUACUCGGAGUUGAAAAAACAUUUAAUAAUUGACAUAUAUGGAUCAAAAACAAAGGUUCUUUCGCACAUUAACACUUUAGAAACUCUAUCCCAAUACAAAUUCUAUCUGGCAUUUGAAAAUUCUAUCCAUGAAGACUAUAUUACAGAGAAGCUCUGGAGCAAUUCACUGCUGUCAGGAACAGUACCCGUAGUAUUGGGCCCUUCACGUAAAAACUAUGAACGUUUUAUCCCCUCGGACUCAUUUAUUCACGUUGAGGAUUUUUCUACACCACAAAAAUUGGCUUUGUAUCUCCUUGAACUAGAUAAGAACGAUGAGAGAUACAGACAGUAUUAUAACUGGAGAUCUAGGUUGCAGCCAACGAAAAAGAGAAGAUAUUGGGUGUCUGAUUACUGUAGAGUAUGCAAAGUACUGAAAGAAGCACCCCCUUAUAAAACCAUUCCCAGCAUAGACACAUGGUUCCGUUAAACAAAUUCAUUUAUUACAUCUAGGAAAUCU